AUGCCCAGACGACGCAUUAUAGAAGACUCUUCAGACGAAGAAACGAACGACUCUUCGAGUUCGAUACCCUCAGAUGACCGCCUAGAACGGGCGCUACGAGAUACCGUCGCAAACAUCUUCCGAACAGGGAAAUUAGAAGAAUUAACCGUCAAGCGCGUACGAACCGCGACGGAGACUGCAUUAGGAUUGGAAGAGGGGUUUUUCAAGGCAGAUGAAGAUUGGAAGACGAGGAGUGAUCAGAUCAUCAAAGAUGAAGCUGAGAAAUAUGAACAACCACAAGAAGAUGAGAUAAUUGACGAAUCACCCGCAUCGCCGAGAAAACCUGCCAAAUCUAAGACGAAAAAGCCUGCCAAACGGGUAUCAGAAGAGAGCACGGCGCCCAAAAAGAAGCGCCGAAAAGUUAGUAGUGAGGUAGAAUCGCCAGAAGCCUCUCCGCCGGUCGACGAAGAUGAGCAAUUAGACGAAGAAGAGGCUAGAAGCUCUUCUCUAAAACCUCMAACUGAAGAAGCAGUACCCGACAAAGGAGAUCAAUCCGAGAGCGAAAUGUCCGUGCUGCUAGACGAAGAACCCAAAAAACCACGACCAAAGAAAGCACCACCCAGUGCACCCAAAGCGCGAGCUCCAAAAAGCGCGCCAAAAUCAGCGACUGAUGCAGACCCAGACCAAGCAGAAAUCAAACGUUUACAAGGGUGGCUUAUCAAAUGCGGAAUUCGGAAAAUGUGGGCGCGCGAGUUGGCGCCGUACGAUACCCCGAAGACGAAGAUUAAGCAUUUGAAGAAGAUGCUGGAAGAUGCGGGGAUGAAGGGCCGGUAUUCGGCUGAUAAGGCUCGUCAGAUUCGCGAUGCGAGGGAGCUCCAAGCAGAUUUGGAGGCGGUAAAAGAGGGAGCGUCCAGAUGGGGGAGGGGAAGUGCGCAGGACGAGAGCGGUUCCGAAGAUCAACCUCGACGGCGGCUGGUGAAAGGCCGUCAGAGUCUUGCAUUUCUUUCGGAUGAUGGCGAGGAGACCGAUUGA